AUGGAAGAGAUCACUUACAAUGGGCUGGUUGAUAAAAUUUGCAAAAAGCUUAUGGUAGAUGGAGCUAUGACGCAGCUUAGACUUAGCUACUUUCCACUGAUAUUGGAUCCCAAGAAGCCAUCAUAUGUUCGGAAUGAUGAAGAUGUAUUUGGUUAUCUAAUGCAAGUGAAUAAUAAUCAGUGUAGAAGUGUUUUGCAUGUGGUGCUCAUCACAGAUGUUGAGCAAAAUGAGGGAUUUGUGCAACCGUCAGAGCCACAACAUGGUGAUGAUGUUAAUGAUGGUAUGUAUACUUUUUACAAAGGUGAACCAUCAGAACCGCAGAAAGAAGAUGUUGUUAGUGAAGAUGCUGAAGAUGGUGAAGAUGGUGAAGAUGUUGGAAAUAAUGUGCAUGAAGACUUUCGUAUGUAUGAUGAUAUUAAGGUGGCACCUGCUGUAGAAGGAGAUGUGUACGUGAAUCAUACAUGGGAAGAUGGUAUUGAUUUAGUUGUAGGACAAGAAUUUGUCAAAAAAGAGUCAUUGCAAGAAUUAGUGUUUGUAGCCUCCCGUAAAAAUGGUUUUGAGUUUGAUAUCAUCCAGUCAGAUACACGUCGAUAUGUGUUAAAAUGUCGUGGAGCAAAAGAUGGGUGCAAACUUAAAACUCCAGCACCACAAGAACUGAUUGGUUUGCUUCAAAACGCAUUUGGUGUUAAAGUAUCAUACUCCACUGCAUGGAGAGGUAAAAGAGCAGCUGCUAAUGAUGUGCGGGGAAGUCCAGAGGAGAGUUAUCAGUUGUUGCACUCUUAUUUGUAUAUGCUAGAGUUCAUGAACCCUGGUACACACACUUAUGUGGAAUUGGAUGAGGGAAACAGGUUUAAGUAUCUAUUCUUUGCCUUGGGAGCUUGUCUUGAGGGUUUCCAAGUCAUGAGAAAAGUGAUUGCUGUGGAUGCUACCCACCUUAAGAAUGCAUAUGGUGGUGUUUUAAUUAUUGCUACAGCUCAGGAUCCUGACCAUCACCAUUAUCCAAUUGCUUUUGGUGUAGUUGAUUGUGAGAAAGAGGCAAUUUGGAUGUGGUUUAUGAGCAAGUUGAGAUCAGUUGUACCUGAUGUUCCUGAACUGGUUUUUCUUUCUGAUAGAAACGUAAGUCUCCUCAAGUCAAUACGUGAGGUCUUUCCAUUGUCUCAGAAUGAAGUUUGUAUAUAUCAUUUGUCUCAAAACGUGAAAGGAAAUGUCAGUGGAGUCAAUAGAGCGACUUGUGCGAAGAAGUUCAGAGCUUGUGCUCAUGCUUAUACAGAGAAUGAAUUCUUGACACUCUAUAGUGCUUUUAGGAAAAUGUAUCCAGAUGCAGCCGACUAUCUGGACAGAACUGUUGGUGAGGAGAAAUGGGCAAGAUGCUAUUUUCCCGGAGACAGGAAGACGUCUAAUGAAGUUUCUACGGCACAUAAGCUUGUGCCAUAUGUGGAGAACGAAAUGCAUGUGAGAUGUGUGGAAGCAAAUACCUUGACGGUGCAUGAGUUAAACAGCUACCACCUUGAGUACAAUGUGAUUGGGCGUGAUGGCAAGGUUUAUCUGGUUGAUAUGAGAAAUAAAAGUUGCAGUUGCAAGAGGUUUGAUAUCGACAAGUAUCCGUGUGUGCAUGCAAUAGCAGCUGCUAUCUUUAUGAGCGGGGAUAGAGAGCUCCAUCUACGUGAAUUUUGCUCCCACUAUUAUUAG